ACUGCCAUUCCCGGCGCCUUUGGUUGCGGCAAAACUGUCAUCUCUCAGGCGUUAUCCAAAUAUUCCAACAGUGAUGUCAUUAUAUACGUCGGUUGCGGUGAGAGAGGCAACGAAAUGGCCGAAGUGUUGCGCGAUUUCCCCGAACUGACGGUCGAAGUGGACGGACAGACCGAGUCUAUUAUGAAGCGAACGACACUCGUGGCCAACACAUCCAAUAUGCCGGUCGCCGCUCGAGAGGCCUCUAUCUAUACUGGCAUUACGUUAGCCGAGUAUUUCCGAGACAUGGGUUACAACGUCUCUAUGAUGGCUGACUCCACUUCCCGUUGGGCGGAGGCGUUGAGAGAAAUAUCUGGUCGUUUGGCGGAAAUGCCGGCCGAUUCUGGUUAUCCGGCGUAUUUGAGCGCUCGUUUGGCCUCUUUCUACGAGAGGGCCGGAAGAGUGAAAUGUAUCGGAAAUCCCGAACGCGAGGGCAGUGUCUCUAUUGUGGGCGCCGUCUCUCCACCGGGCGGUGACUUCUCAGAUCCCGUAACGUCCGCCACAUUGGGUAUCGUUCAGGUCUUCUGGGGUUUAGACAAAAGACUCGCACAACGAAAACACUUUCCGUCUAUCAAUUGGUUGAUCUCUUACAGCAAAUACACGCGCGCUUUGGAUGACUUCUACGACAGAAAUUAUCCCGAUUUCGUUCCCUAUAGGACUAAGUGCCAACAAAUCCUUCAAGAAGAGGAAGAUUUGUCAGAAAUCGUACAAUUGGUAGGAAAGGCCUCAUUGGCUGAAACUGACAAAAUCACGCUGGAAGUGGCCCGACUCAUCCAAGAAGACUAUUUACAACAAAACUCAUACACGCCUUACGACCGAUUCUGUCCCUUCUAUAAGACGGUCGGAAUCCUACGAAAUAUGAUCACGUUUUACGAUUUGGCCAAACAUGCCGUCGAGUCGACGGCGCAGUCAGAGAACCGCAUCACUUGGGCUACCAUUAGAGAAGCGAUGGGAGAUAUUCUCUACCAAUUGAGUUCAAUGAAAUUCAAGGAUCCGGUCAAAGACGGCGAAACACAGAUCCGUAAAGACUUCGAAGAGCUCUACGAGAAUAUGCAGACAGCGUUCAGAAAUCUGGAGGAUUAA